AUGAUUACUGAUAUUAACAAUGUCCCUAUUGAACAAGCCAUCAAGGAAAACGGGUUUGUUAUCGUUGACAAUUUGAUUCCUCAAGACAUGUUUAUUCGCCUCAAAGAAGCUUGUGAUCGUGUCGUCAAUCGCGCUCGUAAAGGGGACUGGAAAUACAGACGCCUUGUGGGUACUCAGUUCCCUCCAUGGACUGAAGGCACUGAUGUAUGGGGUGUCCAACACAUGAUUCAUCCCGACCUUAAGGAACCUGUUUUUGCUGAAUGGUAUGGGUCUCCAAAGUUGUUAGAGGCUGUGCAACAGUUAUUGAACACAAAACAUGAUGAUCUUCAGUUAGAAUUGUUUAAUCUCUUGAUCAAUCCUCAAGAUUCUGAUUUCGAUUUGACAUGGCAUCGUGAUGCUAUUAAGGCUGAAGCUUCGGAAGAAGAAGAGAAAGAGAAGCUCACUAUUCCUCAUUAUGGUACUCAAUGGAAUACUGCACUUUAUGACGAUGCUUGUCUUUAUGUUGUUCCCAACUCUCACCGCCGUGUCCGAACUGAAGCUGAGCGAGACAUUACCAUUCAUGAUCCUAAAAGCAACAAGAUGCCCGGUCAAUUGAAAGUGGAACUCAAACCUGGACAAACUGUGUUUUAUGAUAACAAUAUCCUCCAUCGUGCUUCUUAUGUUUCUUCACAAAAGCGUGCCACUUUGCAUGCCUCUAUGGGUACCAUUGAAGGUGGCCAUUACCGUGCUUCCUGUAUUCUUCAACACGGCCUUGGUUGGAUGAAGACAGAAGAAUUCAGAAGCACAUUGCCUAAAUCAUUAGACAAACCUUAUGCUAAUCUUUUAGCUAUGGCCAAUAAGGCAGGCAUGUCUGAUUUGGAAGCUAAACCAAUUCACUGA